AAUUUUGUUAAACUUUUACAUAGUUUUUUUACACGGCCCAUAGCUCCAUGUCCUUAUCAUUGAAACCUAAGUCAAAUAGACUCAAGAACGUCACCAUAACCUCCGCUGUGAUAGUGGGUGCUUCCUUAGUCAUUCUCAAUACUUUCCCUCACUUGAAGCAGUCCUUGUAUGACUAUUUCACCCAAUCAAAGGAUGGAAGUGAUGAAGAAGACGUGAAUGCCCCAAUUGAACUCUCUAGCGAAGAAUUGGCCGAGGGAGAUAAAGUAUCAUCUAAGGAUAUAGCAGAAGAGAGUAUAGUGGACGUGAAUGAGUGGUCCAAUGAUGAUUUGAAGAGCUGGUUAAAGAAGAAAGAAGUCAACACUCCCCAAGAUGCUAGUCAUUCUAACCUUGUUUCCCUUGUUAAGUCAAUCCAAGAAGAUUUUGACUAACCAGUUUAUACUUGAUUUUACGGUUCUUCAGUGUUUAGUAAAGCUUUUCUUCAUCGUACAGAACUUCAUCCUAAGGCGAUAAAACUGAUGCCACAGGGAUGAUGUAUAUGGAUGAAAAUUAAUGCACUGUAUUAUAUCUAUAUAAAUUGAAUAAUUACUUUCUAAUUGUAAUACUUCUUCAAACCCUUCUCAAAGAUGUCUCUAGUCAAUCCCAAAUCUGUAUCUCUAAUAUAUACGAAAUUGCAUCCAAUAGAAUUUACAUCUUUGUUUCUGUAUUCAUCAUCAAAUAAAAUGAAUUCUCCAUUCCUUAACUCUUGUUCCAUUCCCAAUUCCCUUGCCGCUUCCAUAAUAUGUUUAGUUUUAGAUCCAGUACCCCACUGGCUUGAAUCAAAAAACUUAUACAUUGGUGUACCAUCUAUGUUGAUGUGAUUGAUUAACUGCUUUGCAAUAUGUACGGUAGGAGUUCUACUAGCACUUAUGAUUUUCACACCAUUUUCGCUUAGCUCUUUAAUAAUCAGGGGGACAUCCGGAUACAAAGCAAGCUUAUAACCAUAACUGUCGAUAAUUUCAUCGGGCCGAUGAUUUUUUAAGGGUAAUUCAAUAUGGACAUCACACCAACAUGGCCAUAAGGUAUAGUCUAAGUCAAAUACUACUGCCUUAGGGUAAUUACGGCUCAUUAUUUAUACUGUUGAGUUGGCAUCUCAUGGGCGUGAGAAAAAAAA